CUUGCCUUUCUUGACUCGUCUCCCCUCUUUUAAAACCCAACCCUAACCCCCCAUUAUUUUCCGUAGUUUCCCUUUUCUCUCUCUAAAAACUCUCUCUAAACUUUCUUCAUCGUCCUCAGUACCUGCCUCGCAAUGUCUUGCUACAAGGGCAAAUAUCAUGAUGAGCUCAUUGCCAAUGCUACCUACAUUGGUACUCCUGGAAAGGGUAUCCUUGCUGCCGACGAGUCAACUGGCACAAUUGGCAAGCGCCUUUCCAGCAUCAAUGUUGAGAAUGUUGAGUCCAACAGGCGGGCCCUUCGUGAGCUCCUUUUCUGCACCCCUGGUGCUCUUCAAUACCUCAGUGGAGUAAUCCUCUUUGAGGAAACACUCUACCAGAAGACUGCUGCAGGCAAGCCCUUUGUUGAUGUCCUGAAGGAAGGUGGUGUCCUUCCUGGUAUCAAGGUCGACAAGGGCACUGUUGAGCUUGCUGGAACUAAUGGUGAGACAACCACCCAAGGUCUUGAUGGCCUUGCCCAGCGCUGCCAAAAGUACUAUGAGGCUGGUGCUAGGUUUGCUAAAUGGCGUGCUGUGCUCAAGAUUGGCCCCAACGAGCCAUCUCAGCUGGCUAUCAAUGAAAAUGCCAAUGGUUUGGCUCGUUAUGCCAUCAUCUGCCAGGAGAAUGGCCUUGUCCCAAUUGUGGAGCCUGAGAUCUUGGUGGAUGGCCCCCAUGACAUUAAGAAGUGUGCUGAUGUCACAGAACGUGUUCUUGCUGCAUGCUACAAGGCACUCAAUGACCACCAUGUCUUGCUCGAAGGAACUCUAUUGAAGCCCAACAUGGUAACCCCUGGAUCAGAUUCUGCCAAGGUUGCACCAGAGGUUGUAGCUGAAUAUACAGUUCGUGCCCUUCAGAGGACAAUGCCUUGUGCAGUUCCUGCUGUGGUGUUCUUGUCUGGUGGUCAGAGUGAGGAACAGGCUACCAUUCACCUCAAUGCCAUGAACAAGCUGAAGGGAAAGAAGCCAUGGACUCUCACCUUCUCUUUCGGACGUGCUCUUCAGCAGAGCACCCUCAAGGCAUGGGCAGGAAAGGAGGAAAAUGUGAAGAAGGCUCAGGCUGCAUUCCUUACCAGGUGCAAGGCUAACUCAGAGGCAACCCUUGGAACUUACCAGGGCAGUGGUACACUGAGUGAGGGUGCAUCAGAGAGCCUCCACGUCAAGGACUACAAGUACUAAUCAAUGUUAUGGUUUUCACCAAGUCUCUGUUUUUUUGUUGUUCAGAACAAGAGUAUAUGGAAGUAUGGUAUGUGGCUACCAAGAGUGUUUUUCUCGGGCAUAGGGUUAGGCUCCUCUCAAUUUUCUUUCUGAUCUAAGGUAUAAUAUAGAUUGGUGGCAUAAUAAGCUUGAGGAACGUGGUUUUUAAAUUGGUGAUUUGUCCUUCUAUUAUUUCAGAAUCUUAAAUGUUUUUAUUUGAAACGGUUAUUAAUGAUUGAAAUGUAUCCUAUCUUUUACUUCUUCA